CUGGAGGCGCGGUGGCUGCGGCCGAGCCGGAACCCAGCUUCGGGCCGGUGGGGCCAGUUGGCAGGGGCGGCCUCUACUCUGACCUUCCCGAGUCGCAGUGUGGUUUUCCAGCGGUCACUGCCGGCUGGAGACAGGCCGCAAAGGGAUUUACCGGAUUUUCUGCUACUGAUGUUACAAACAAUAAAAUAUUGGAACAUAGAAUUGAGAAAAAGACUUAAACCAGAUUUUUCUUCAGGUAGUUAGAAAUAUGGAUCCUGAAGCAGAGGGACCACAAAUUAUCAAAGUGACACCUCUUCAACAAAUGGUUGCCUCUUGUACUGGAGCUAUACUGACAUCACUAAUGGUGACACCCCUUGAUGUUGUUAAAAUUCGACUCCAAGCUCAAAACAACCCAUUCCCUAAAGGAAAAUGUUUUGUUUAUAGUAAUGGACUUAUGGAUCACCUGUGUGUCUGUGAAGAGGAAAGCAACAAAGCAUGGUAUAGGAAGCCUGGAUGUUUCCAGGGUACAUUGGAUGCCAUUUUGAAAAUCAUUCGAAAUGAGGGCAUUAAAUCCCUGUGGAGUGGCCUUCCCCCUACCUUAGUGAUGGCAGUUCCUGCCACAGUUAUUUAUUUUACCUGCUAUGAUCAAUUAACUGCUCUUCUGAGAUCUAAGUUGGGAGAAAAUGAAAGCUACAUACCAGUUAUUGCUGGAAUUGUAGCCAGAUUUGUUGCAGUAACUGUGAUAAGUCCUUUAGAAUUGAUUAGAACCAAGAUGCAGUAUAAGAAGUUUUCUUACGAAGAACUGCAUCGAUUUCUCAGCAAGAAAGUAUCUGAAGAUGGUUGGAUUUCCCUUUGGAGAGGCUGGGCUCCUACUGUCCUUAGAGAUGUACCAUUCUCAGCAAUGUACUGGUAUAACUAUGAAGUUUUAAAGAAGUGGUUGUGUGCAAAAUCUGGUUUAUAUGAACCAACAUUUAUGGUCAGCUUUACUUCAGGGGCAUUGUCUGGUUCUUUUGCAGCUGUUGCAACUUUGCCAUUUGAUGUUGUAAAAACACAAAAGCAGACACAACUUUGGAUAUAUGAAAAUCAAAAAAUUUCUGUGCCUUUGCAUAUGUCAACCUGGACUAUAAUGAAGAACAUUGUUGCUAAGAAUGGAUUUCCUGGGUUAUUUUCAGGCUUCAUACCCCGUUUAAUUAAAAUUGCUCCUGCUUGUGCCAUUAUGAUCAGCACAUAUGAGUUUGGAAAGGCUUUUUUCCAAAAACAAAAUGCUCAAAGACAGGAACACUAGUGAUGCUCCGUCAACUUGAAACAACAACCGAAAGUCAGAUAGUAAGAUGGAGAUUCACAGGCAAGAACCUUUUUCACCAUUAUGUUACAGUGAUUUUAUAUCUUUUCUUUUCUAUAAUUUAAAUGAAUAGUAAUUUCUACUUUGCCUUUAAAUCAUAAUCCUAAUUUUGAAAUAAAUGUUAUCCUAAUUUUUGAGAUACUGAAAAAGAUAUUCCAGAAAUCACAACCCCGAGCAUUCUUGUAAAGAAAAAUUAUUCCUUACCUCUACAAGCAGUAAUCUGUAGGUAAUAUAAUAGGUUUUGGUGUAACUUAGUCUUGUUGGGAGUGUGUCAGAUACAUCAGGACAUUCUGAAUUGUGUGCUGGAUGAUGUGCAGAGUCCAGAAGAAAAAUGGCGAAACCUUUUACACACAUUUAAAUCAUAUACGUAUAUUUAAAUAUUUCAGUAGAGUAGAUACAGAAAGCAAGUCUUUAAAUAACUAUUCACAUUUACCAAAUAUUACCUAUCAGUUGUUGUCUUUAAACCAAAUGUGUUACAAUUUUUUGUUAAGCACCCCCAUUACUAUUUUAAGGCUCCACGUGUAUUAGGAUUUCUCUAGUCAAAGGUAUGGCUGUUUUAUCCUUAUGAACCAAAGUAUAAUCCUUUGUGUAAUGUUGAUACUGCGGGUUUUGAUGACUAAAGAUACUGUGUUAUCUGUUUCUGCAAGAGAGGGAGUUCUUACUGACUGUAUUAAAUGUUCACUUCAUUCAAACUUGGUUGUACAGUGGAAAACCACAUUGUAUUUAGACUAGUAAAAAUAAUGUUUCACUGUAGGAAGGGCCUCCGGUGUCAGCCGUCUUAUAAUCCAAGUACCACUUUGUGGAGUUCUCUAGAAUACAGUAUCAGUCACAAAAUAUUUCCAAAAUGUUCCUUGUUUUACAUCAGGACAUUCUGAAGAGACUAGACCCAAAAGACUAAAGAGGCAGCAGUUUCCUUGAAGAAAUAGCUUUCAGUCACUACAAGCUAAUGGCCUAAGUAAUGUAGCUUAUGACUAUAGGAAUGAAACAAAAAGGAUAUGAUGCAGAACAAGAAGUGGCUUUUUUUAAUAUUUGAUUUUCUCAGGAUGUAUAUAACCUAUUUAAAGAAGCACUUUAUUGCAAUCCAUGUGUAUUUUAUGAAAAUGUGAAGCUUUUUUUUCCCCUAAAUAGAGUAAUAUAUUUAGGUUAUAAAUCUGUAGGUGUUGAAGAGGAAUUAAUGUAUUUUGUAUUAAAGUAGAAGAGUUUGUAUGUUUCAUUAGAAAUAAACUGUAAAGGAUUUGUAAUGUAACCUGUGUUUAUCUUAAAUUAGCAACAUAAAUAUCUAUAAAAACAUAUUUUCUUUUAUAUUCAUUAAAAUGUCUUUAAAAUUACCACUGUGCUUCAAGCUAAAUAUGUAUAUAUACAUAUGUGAAAGUUUAUCUUGAGCACUGCCGUUUAAUGAUACUAAAUUUAAAUUUACCUUGGUUCUGCUAUGUUUCUUUUUGGUAAAACUGGUAGAAAAAGGCAAAAAAAUUUAUACUCUGCUCUCAAAAAAAGUCAGUCACAUAUUUUAGCUUAAUAUUACUUGUCAACUACCAGGCAGGAAAGCCCCCUCUCCUUAAAACUGACUGCACUUGUAGAAAACUCUUAUUAUAUUAUUUGUGACUACAAUAAUUUAAAUAAAUCUAACUCUCUGGUAUUUUUCCUAACAUACAUUAUAUGAGAUUUGGGUGAAAAGAAUACUGAAUUAAAGCUUUCUCUAUACUUAAGCAUUAAAGAAGUAUUAUUUUUGUUAAAAAAAUUAGUAGCAAUUGAAAAUGGUUUGGGCUAGAAAUUGUAUUCUUGGUAAUAUUUCUGAAAGGAAACAGUUUAAAUUACUGUUAAAUUUUCUAACAUGCAAUUUUUUAUGUGUAAAUUUUUAAAGCAAUGUCUAGCCCAAGUAUUAUGUGUUUGCUACCUUUCAUGUAAUACACAUUUGACUUAAAAAAAUAGAUAUGGAGUUAUUUCUAGGAAAAACUAUUUACUAUACUUAUUUAACCAAUGACUUGUUUAAAUCUUUCCCUCACUUUUCCUAGGCACAAAUUCCAGGGAUGUGGAAAAGUUUAGUUUUGAAGUUCACUUUUGAAAUAUUUUCCAAAAUAAACUUCUAAAAUAAAUUAUGCUCUCAUAUUUUAAUCUAUCAUGCAACACUUAUUCAGACCUUUUAUGUAGUAGGUAGUAUACAAAACACUGGAAAUGAUAAAACAUUUCAGUUACUGUCAUUGGCCACAAGGAGCCUUCAGAGCUGUGAUUGACAGAGGUAUACAAAGGUAGUAAGGGGAAUGGGGAGGAUUUCCCCACUCAGCCUGGCACAGAGAGGGAGGGAACAGGAAAUGCCACUACUAUUAAGACAGGUGACUCAGUUAAACAUACCCUGGAGGUAGGAGUCUCAACCAGGCGGGGGAACUUAGACCUUAAGCCCUGAGCAAAGGCUGUAUACAUGGCCACGUGGUAGGAGAUCAGAUUGGAAAUGUAGUCAGGGGCCUUGUGCACUGAAGGAGGGACAAGAAAGCAGCAGGAAACCAAAGAAGUAUUUCUGACAAAGCUCUAGAGUUGGGGUGGCUGGUCAGUUUUUCAAGACCAGUAUUUUUUUUUUUUUUUCACUGAAAGAAAACAAGAUAGGAUAGUUUAGCACAGCACAGAACAAAAGCACCAGAAUGUGUCUAUCUAGUAAGGCCGAGUGUUAUAUAGUGAAACUUUUUAGUUGGUUUUUUGAAAUAUAAUUGGCAGAAUAGAAAAUGGAAUUUACAAUAAGGUGACCUAUUUAAAACUAUCUAAAAGUUUUGGUUUGGAGUAAAGUAUACUUUUAAAAGGUACCAUAAUGGCAUUGAUAUAAUUUCAUCUCCCCCUUUCUAUAAUUUAAAAAGAAUAAAUGCUAAAGCUAAAUAGAAGCUGCUUUGCUUACGGAAGAGCAAAGAGAACUAACUAAAAAAAACUUAAGAGCCCUGUUGUUCAAAGCAGUCAUGUAACAUUUCAGAGAUAAUCGAGUAAGAUUUCAUUUAUCAAAACUAAUGAUAGGAACUUUAACAAAGAAUUUCUGCAAGCUGUAAAUUUGAGAUAUAUUUUAACCACUUGAAAUCAUAUAUGUACAUCUAAUAAAG